GGAGUAUAUAUAACCAUGAGCCUUCGUCCGUCUUCAGGCACAGUCUUCAGGAGGACAGUCGACACGGCCAGACUACAGGGCAGAAGCAGAAUGGGAGGAGUCGGCGUGCACGUACGGGCGGCCCUGCUGCUCGUGGCGGUGGCGAUGGGCGUGAAGGUUCUUCAGGUCCAUGCAGGGGAAGAGGGAAGCUUCUGCGGGAGUGGUCCUUCUCCCCUUUGCUGUACCGGCAAACAAGAUAACUGCUCAGUACCCAUAACUGAAGAUGACUUCUGUUUCUGCGACUCUUACUGUCAAGAUAACUUGGACUGCUGUCCUGAUUAUGACCAAGUUUGCCUCGGAGAGUCGGAACUUCGUAUAGAAGAAGUGAGGGGUGCAUCUUUGCAGUUACCCAAAUGUGAUGUGUGUACGCACUCAAGCUCAGGACUGGUAUGCGCAGAGAACCACUGCAUGAACGACCUUGCUCUGAUAGAUGAACUACGCCGGAGGAAGAAUCAGCUUGGGUGGACAGCCAGUUUCUACGAUAAAUACAAGGCUGUGGAUGUUGACGAGGGACUCCGCCAGCUGACAGGAACGAUGGGACCCACCCGAAUGGUACUGAAGAGGCAUGAAGUCAAGGCGCCUUCAUCCUCUAUCUAUAUUCCUGCCGAGUAUGACUUCCGAAAAAGGUUUAAAGAAAGGCUAGUGAGCGUGAAGGACCAGGGUUGGUGCGGUGCCUCGUGGGUGUUCUCCACACUCAGCGUCGCUCAGGACAGGUUGGCCAUGGCAUCCGACGGACUGUAUAGAGUGAGCUUCUCUGCCCAGGACCUGUUGAGCUGCGGCAAGAUGGGACCUAAUGGAUGUCUUGGGGGACACCUGGAUAGGGCCUGGAAUUAUCUCAGGAUGGUUGGGGCCCUACCGGAGGUAUGUUACCCUUAUGACAGUGGAUUUACCGGGAAACUGCCCAGGUGCAGCAAGAGAACGGGCACUGGUUGCCAGUCUCCAUACAAGAGCGGACCAGCCUAUCGCGUACCUAGUAAAGAGCAAGAUAUUCAAAGGGAAAUUAUUGCAAACGGGCCCGUGCAAGCGGUGAUGACGGUACACCCUGAUUUCUUCCUGUACAAGACGGGAGUGUACUCUUACUCUGAGCUAGGAAGUCCCCACUCGGCCGCCCACUCUGUCAAGCUUCUUGGCUGGGGCGAGGAACUUGUGAACGGCAAAAUGGUGAAGUACUGGCUGGCCGAGAACUCGUGGGGAAAGGACUGGGGUGAGGGCGGCUUCUUCAGGAUCCUACGGGGGGAGGCCGAGUGUGGCAUCGAGUCGCACAUCUUCGCUGCCAAACCAGAGUGCGAGUUGCUCUCUCACGGACUGAAAGUAGUGUGCAAUUAAGAGGAACAAUGCGUGCGUCUUGAGGAUUUAUGUUAAGAAAAAAAAAAAGUUGAAACUGACUUUGUUUGCAUAUAAGGAUGAUUUUUUUUCUUCUUUUUUUAAAAUCCUGUGAGACAUGGUUUUAAGAAGCGAAUGAUGUUGUCUAGGUAUAUUAAUAUAUGUGUAAAUUUGAGUUUCUGGUUUGUUAUUGAUUUGAUAUUUAGUUAAAUGGUAUUUGUUUCAUACUGCUUUUGAUGAAAUUGCAAACAGUAUUUUUUAUUUAUAUUUGUAAUAGACAUCACUUUAAGAGAAGCACUCAUCUUUAUUUUUAGCCUUUAUACGCAUGUUUGUUGACAUCACAAUCACCGGAACAGCCAACUAGUUCACGAACUGUUCCUUUUAAGAAUAAAGAAAAUGAGGGUAAAAUCGCCGUCUCACAAUUUAGAAAAAUCACUCUUAGGAAGCCACUGUUGGCAUCACUGUUAGGCACCCAACGCAUAAAUAUCAAUAAAGUAAA